CGUCUCUCCACCCACAUUUAUUUAAUUUAAUUACUAUAAUCUUAUCAUUUGCAUCUCUGAUGAUCUAAUUUAUAUAUAAAAAAUAAUUGCUACUUUUAUUUUAGCCGACCAUUUGUGAUUCUUCUGCAUGAGUUUCAUUGCUGUUGACCUAAACUUCUCUCUUUCUCUCUCUGUAUUAAAUCUGUCUGACUCCAAACUUUUAUCCAGCAUGGCGGCGUGUCUUUUCUUGCUUCAUUUCUAAUCAGGAUUAUCAUUGAGCGUGACUUAAAGAUUUUGUUUUUCUUUUAAAAGAAGAGAUUUUGAUUGAAUUCAUCGCAUGUUAAGGAGAAAUGAAUCGAAUGAUAUCCAAGAUUGGCAUCAAGAUUCAAAGAUCUCUUCAAAAAGGUCAUUUCCCCCCUCUUUUUUGUUAAAUGAAAUUCUGGGUUUUUGUUCUUGUGUUGUUUAUGGGGUGUUUGUAAUGAUUUUGAUUUUUUGCGUGCACUUUUGCUAAACUUAUUGAUUUUGUUUCUAGUGGAAUUUAAUAGUGAUGUUCUGUGGUAGUGGCAUCAAGAUCAUUUGGUUUUUGUUUUGUUCUUAUUGAUGCUUUGAGAUCAAUGGUUUUUGCUUAUCACAUCUUCUUGUUAUGGCAGUUUGUUAAUUCAUAGGUUUAUUUUUUUGUUUUACUUUUGAAAGCUGUGACCAAGUCGUAAUGAUGACGUUAUGUUACAUUUACUCAACCACUUUACACUUGUUUCUAUGUUGUUCUAAUAAUUGCUUGCCAAAGAAAACUGUUUUUAAUGAUUCUGUUUCUGCAUGCUGAUUGCCUGUGCUGCCACUUACUAGUAUCUUGUAUUGAUUGAGAUUUAGUACUUGGGUUUCCAGAGAUUCCUUUUCGGCUUCAUGGACUGAUCACAAAGGGCUGUGAUUUGGAUUCACUGACUGUUUUUUAGAAGAAAAAAAAAAUCCUAUCUUUAUUUCUUAAUAUUUUUUUUCUUUCUUUAUUCCUUGCGAGGAUGGUAGAUAUGGUCUAAAGGUUAUGAUGUUUCCAGUAUAGGGCUUUUUCAAAAGUUAAAUCCAAUUUUUUCAUUUUUUGUUCACUGGUCUCCCGCAACUGUGUUUAGGGUUAGCUUUCUUUUUACGUGCUGUUUCCCUAUCUUCUUGGUUGUUUGUGAUUCUUCUUUCCUUGUUUGUUUUCUCUUCUUUCGUUUUGCAUUUCAUUUUCCAAAUAUAUUCUCUUUGCAUAUUUGUUGUUUUUUUAUAAAAUCAUUUCCAGGAAGCAAUAAGGGUUUGAAUUCCUGGAAAUGGUCUGAAUUUGGCAUCUUAUAUCAGUUUUUGCUCCAGGAGUUACUCUAGAGGAAGUAGCUAUUGCUGUUUUGAUUUUGUGCAGAAUUGUUCUUUAACUUUGCACACCUAGGGAGUUACUCUACAUGGCGUUGUUUUAAAUUCUAGAGGGCUUGAAUUUGCAGUGUUAACUUCAAGUGCCCAAAAUGAGGUCAAUGGAAAUGAAACCUAAACAAAUCACAGAAAGUGUGAUUGCAAAAUUAAUGGGUCUUGAUGAACUGCCACCCCAGCGGCCUGUUCAAAAGAAACCAAGAGUGCUCUCUGAGAAUUAUCUACGAAGAGUUUCUUCUAUAGGUGUUAGAGAGAAAAAUUCAGAACCUAACUCAUGUAGGUUGAGUAGUGAAGAGCAGAAAGAUCAUAUCGAAGUCUUCCAAAUAUUAGAAACAUUAAAGAGACACAAGCACCGUAGCAUGUCAGUUGAAAAGAGAAAAAUACGUUCAAGUUCCCCAGGGGCAAAGGUGACGUUUAGAAGGGAGGAAUUCAAGCAAUCGACAGAUGUUUCAGAGGAUAUGAAGCUUCAAAGUUCAAAGGAAUGUCAUGAUGCACAGGAAGUUAUUGAUUCAAAGACUGAUAAUUUUCCAAAAUAUUUCCAGGAACCAGAGUUCACCAAGAAAGCAAAUAAUCUGCAAGGCAUCCCUCAUUACUUGCAGCCAGGGCUCAUUACAUUUGUAAGGCCAUUGUGUCCUUCUGACCGCAGAGAUAUUGGCAGGAGCAGGAAAUUUUGGAGGCCAAGUGAACAAGGAUAUGCAAGGAAAAUUGAAGAUGGCCUUGGGACAUAUUCCUGCAGAAAACUUGGCCUUGACAUUGCUAAUGAGUUUCUUGGAUCACAAUGGGAUUUGAAUGAUGGGUCAUGCCUCCCCACUACCAGGAUUGUUGUUCUGAAACCAAAGCCAGGAAAGGCACAUAAUGCUGGAAGAUAUUUUUCAUCUACCGGUGCUAUUGAGGUUUUUCAUUCAGUUGAUAGGAAUCAUGAAGAGAUUCUCAACGUUCAAAAUGAAAACUUGUAUGCUGAAGUGAAAGAAAGGAAGAAGAUGGACUGUGACUCAAGACCUGCAAGGUCGAGGUCUAGGUUUUCAAAGCAAAUAAGCAGAAGAAUGGGGCAUGGGAUAAACAGCAUUUCUACUAAGGCACACGCGUCUGAAAUCAGGGGUAGUGACAACUUUCCUAAAGAGUCUGAGUUGAUGAUACCUUCUUUGCAUGUUUUUUCUGAUAGGAAGAACCAAUUUCACUGUUCAGAUGAGCCAUAUCUGGCCAGGGAAGCCAAGAAACAAAUCUCUGAAAGAUGGAAGACGACCAAAAAGUUUCAGCAGGUUGAACUAGUUAGUAGGUGUAAAACCUUGGGGGAAAUGCUUGCCAUUCCUGAUUGUGAAGCAAGGCCAAAAAAAUUUGCUUGCAAUCCUGAUAACUAUGAUCAAGUCGUUCCUGGCAGUGGAGGUGUGAACUCUAAUACUCCUUUAGGCACAAGAAGCCUGGAAUUUCGGGAUGGUGGGCAUGUCAGAGACUUACCAAAAUCCAGAUCUCUUCUUGUGAAUUUUAAUACAGUUGCAGGUCCUAAAACCAUGGCCAGACAUAAAUCUCUUCGAAAGUCCAGCUGUAUGAUUUCUCCAUCAAUUCCUCAUCUGGUGUCAGAAAACAAUCAUUCUGCAGAUGCUGUUUAUGCUCUUCAAAAUGAACUGGAAAACAAAAUUGAGGUGAGCAAUUCACAUGGCCGAAGUUCCUCAUUUCUCGGUUCAUCUGGACAAAACUAUCAGACCUUGCAAGAUCCUUGGGUGACACAGGGGGGGCACAAGAAUGAAGGCAGUGAUGGGGAUCUAUCUGAAAAGAAUUAUGAAGUUUGCAAAUCUUCAAUGAGCAAUAUUUCUUCAACUAACGUGGUAGUUAAUUCACCGGCUGAUGCAGAAAUUGCAGUUCCAAAGAGGUCCCUGUCAUAUCACGAGUUGCUUGAAUUGGAACCUAACAAUUGUGUCUCGCUAGUAAAAGAUGAAUAUUCUUCUCGAGACUCACCUACUUCUACUCAACAGGUAUGA